UGCGCAGAAAUUCAGCUCUCUGGGUUGUAGGUUUUUGAUUCUAAAAGUGAGAUGAAAAUCUGCAAAUUAGAGUGUUAAAUGCAAUAUCUAAGCAUCAGAAAAAGAUGACGAGUAUUUUUUGUCACUGAAAACGAACUAAAGAAGAGCAUAAAAAAGCGUACGUCGGCCAAAGUAUAACAUAAAAUAUCUUUAAAAAGAAUAACACGGGAAAAACUAACGAAAAACCGACAUCUUUGUUUCUUCGGAGAUAUAACACAAAAAAAUACAGUAAACUCUCGAGUGUGUUUGAUCAACAAUAACUAGUUUUAGUGAUUACAUUAUCUAUAUAAAUAUAAAAAUCAAUCAAAUAAAAAACUACAAAAAAACAACUAAUAGACAAUGUGUGAACGAAUUGAUAGUGAUAUAAUUGAAUUGAACGUUGGUGGGGUGCAUUAUACCACAUCGUUAAAGACAUUAACCAAGGAUAAACAAUCAAAGCUACAGGAUAUAUUUGGCGAAAAUACAGCCAAUAUUACGAAAGAUGCAAAGGGUCGCUAUUUUCUGGACCGUGACGGUGUAUUAUUUCGAUAUGUCUUAGACUAUCUGCGUGACGAAGCCAUAUCAUUGCCGGAAGGUUUCCGAGAGAAUGGUCGAUUGCGAAAGGAGGCUGAAUAUUUCAAUUUAACCGGAUUGAUCAAAAAUAUGGACGCUCAAAGCCAGGAACAUCAGUCCGGCUGCAUUACGGUCGGCUAUCGUGGCAGCUUUCAGUUCGGCAAGGACGGUCUGGCUGACGUUAAAUUCCGUAAAUUGUCACGCAUUUUGGUGUGCGGACGUGUGGCCAUAUGUCGUGAUGUGUUCGGUGAAACGUUAAACGAAUCCCGUGAUCCGGACCAUGGCGGUCCGGAUCGCUAUACGUCGCGGUUCUUUUUGAAACAUUGCUUCAUCGAACAGGCAUUCGAUAUGUUGCACGAUUCUGGUUUUAAAUUGGCUGGCAGUUGUGGAUCGGGUACGUCGGCCGGUGCGAAUGCUGAAUUGAAACCGGGAGUCGAUGCCGAAGAGAAUCGAUGGAAUCAUUAUAAUGAAUUUGUUUUUAUUCGGGAUUAGGGGUAGACGGGAUAAAACGGGUUAAAUAAAAUGAUAAAA